CUCAGACACAAAGUUCACACUUUUUGACAGAGAGAGAGAAAAGAUGGCGAAACGUUUCAAGCUUAGGAUCUCCCGAGUAAUCCCAUCCUUCCAAUCCUGCCGCUCCAAAGACCCCUCCACCCUCCCAGAAGAUCCUGUCCCUUCAUUCCUCCGACUGUCCCCCACCCUCCACCACGUUGACUUCCCUCCGGCGACCCCACCCCCUUCCAAACCCCACCGCUCCUCCUCCUUCAAGCGCCACGUGUCCUCCGCCUUCACAUCCGUCGGUUGUGGCUUCCUCUCCAAAUCCGGCGCACAGUACCCCUCCGACGACGACCUCACCGAAUCACCACCCCAAUUCAAGUGGCAAAAAGAAGACAAGUGGCACGUUAUCGCCAAAGUCCACGACGAGGGCACACCGCGCCGGAAAAUCUUCAACUCGUCGGUUUCAGGCGGCUCCGACGCCGACCUCUUCCCUCCACCGCCUCCGCCACCGCCCACGGCGGUGAAGAAGAAGAAACGACGUAGCAAGAUGAAGAAAACGACGGCGAAAAUCCGGUUGAGCACUUCCUCGGCCGAGACCGUGAACGGGUUGUUUAGCAGCGAAGCCGAGGAAGAAGAAGAAACGGAAACCCUAGUUUCGUCUUCUAGAAGCUUCUCGACAGACUCUUCGUCGUCGGAGUUCAACCCCCACUUGGAGACCAUUCGUGAGAUCCCCAUUUCACGGCGUCCCAAAACAAAGAAAGUGAAGAGAUCGAAACGCAAUGUGAAAAUCUUGUGCAGAUCAUCAGUGUCGACGCCAGAGAGCGAGUCGCCGGCGAGACUGUCGGUGUUUCAGAAGCUGAUACCGUGUGUGGUGGAAGGGAAAGUGAAGGAGAGUUUCGCGGUGGUGAAGAAAUCAGAGGACCCUUACGAGGAUUUCAAGAGGUCGAUGAUGGAGAUGAUUUUGGAGAAGCAGAUGUUUGAAGCAGAAGAUUUAGAGCAGCUGUUGCGGUGUUUCUUGUCGCUGAAUUCGAGACGCUUCCACGGGAUGAUUGUUGAGGCUUUCACCGAGAUUUGGGAGGUUUUGUUUUGUAGAACUUCGACUCACCUACGAGUUUCCAAAGCUCUUUGAGAAGAUCAUUAAAAAAUGUUGUUAUUGUUUUACUUUUGAUGUAGUUAUGGUAAGUUUAUUCUACUAAUAUGUAAGAUUAUUUGUGUUGACAUAUGGGUGAUAUUACAUAUGUGUAUGUUUUUGUAUUUCUAUAGCUCUCUUUAUAAUUCACUGUACUGUUAGCAAA